GAGAUACGUGAACAAAUGUGGCAGUUGUGGAGUUUUAACUUUUAUGUGAUUUGUGGUAAAUUCACUGUGUUAGAUUUGAUUUCUUGACUUCUUUCUGAUAUGUAUGCAUAUACAUAAUUAUUCAAAGGAUUUUAGGGUUUUUGAAAUCUGUUUUAGUUCAGCAGUUUUGAGUAUUUGAGGAUUGUCUAUUUUUUCUGUUCAUUUUGUUGUGGGUUUAGUUUUUUUGAUGUAUCAUGAUGCAAUCUGGGGCAAAAACAGUUCUGCUUUUGAGUUUGACGAUGGAUUCUCUUUCUUUCUCUUUGUCUUCUGUAGGUUAUUGUGAUUUCUGAUUUAUUGGAUUGAAAUUCGCACAAGAAAAAUGGCAUCAAGGUUUUGGACUCAGGGUGAUAGUGACAGUGAUGACGAGGAGAGUGAUUAUGAUGAGGGCAUCACUGCUGGCGGAGCUGGUGAGUCUGCCACUGCAGCUGCUGGAAGCAGAUAUCUUAAGGAAAAUGCUAGUGAUAGUGAUGACUCGGAUGGGCAGAAACGCGUUGUCCGAUCUGCCAAAUAUAAACGAUCUGAGGAGAUGUCUGCUACGAUUGAUCAGAUGAAGAAUGCCAUGAAGAUCAACGAUUGGGUCA